CAUGCUGGCGCUCUUCAACAAGCUGCUGGACUGGUUCCGGGCGCUAUUCUGGAAGGAGGAGAUGGAGCUGACCCUGGUGGGGCUGCAGUACUCGGGCAAGACCACCUUCGUCAACGUGAUCGCGUCAGGACAGUUCAACGAAGACAUGAUCCCGACAGUGGGCUUUAACAUGAGGAAGAUCACCAAGGGGAACGUUACCAUAAAGCUCUGGGACAUUGGUGGCCAGCCACGGUUUCGCAGCAUGUGGGAGCGGUACUGCCGCGGAGUGAGUGCUAUUGUGUACAUGGUGGAUGCCGCCGACCAGGAGAAGAUAGAGGCCUCCAAGAAUGAACUGCACAACCUGCUCGACAAGCCGCAGCUCCAGGGCAUCCCGGUCCUAGUCCUGGGGAACAAGCGAGACCUGCCCGGUGCCUUGGAUGAGAAGGAGCUCAUUGAGAAGAUGAACCUCUCCGCCAUCCAGGACCGAGAGAUUUGUUGCUACUCCAUCUCCUGCAAAGAAAAGGACAACAUCGACAUCACCCUACAGUGGCUUAUCCAGCACUCGAAGUCUAGGAGAAGCUGAGAUCCCGCGGACUGCGGCUCAGAUCGGGAAGAUGCCAUUGUACAAGCCCAUGCCCCUUCUCUCUCCUGCUCUGUCCCUCCAGCUCUCUCUCUAGAUGGGUAUUUUUAGGGGACCCCAGGCUCCGCUUGCAUUGAGGUGGAGCCCUUGUUUUUAUUGUAAAGAAAAUGUCCGACUCUGCCCUCCUCUCCUCUCCUCUCUCUGUCUCUUCCUCCCAUUUUGGCACUGUUCUGUUGUUGUCUGUGUAUACAGUAUAUAUAUAUGUAUAUAUAUUUUAAUUUUUUAAUUUAAGGGAUAGCGCUGUUACUAAACUGGGCCCUGUGAGCGGUAGGAAGGCUGUGGGCUCCCCGAGGCUGGCUGAGGGUCAGCGCUGGGAGGAAGAUGAGGGUAGUGGCAGAAGGCAGCCCCUUGAGGAUGGGUCUGUGCCAGGCUGCGGGCAGGUCCCCUGGGACUCCCUUUUCCCUUCCCCGGUUGUCCUGCCUGUACCCCCAGGCAGGGAGCAUCCCAGGGGUGUUGGGAACAAACCUGCCUUGCCCUUCCCUGGGCUUUGGCCCCACGGGCAGGGUUUGGGAGGGAGGCGAUGUCGCCUCCCCGGGCUCCUCGCCCCUCCGGGGAUACAGCUAUUACUCGUGACCCGCUGCUAUCAGCCUCCCCCUCCAUUGCCUCCAGCUGCCCCAACACCUCCUCGCUGCCCUGGGCUGCUUGUCUGCCUGUCCCAUAUACCCCCCAGAUCCCAUGCCUGGGCUGAAUCCUGCCCUGCUGCCCAGUCCUGCUGCUCUGCUGUGCUGGGGUGGCGAUCCAAGGGCCUGGUGCCAUUGCAGGGGGGGCCCAGCAACGCCAGCAGUGCCCGCGGGGAGAGGGGGGCCAGCACUUUCCCCCUCCCUGCCCCCGCUGCCCCCCGGAGGUGGCUUGGCCCUGUGUAGCCUCUCGGGGCAGCCGUGCUGGCUCCCCAUGUGCCAACAGGCAUCGCCUGCGCCCGGCUGGGGACUGCUGGCUCUGCCCCGGCCGAGGACAUCACGCGGGGAUGCCAGGGAGGGGGGGACACAUGGAGACACGUGCGGGGCCAUGAGAGCCACUGUGUGUCUCCAGCACUCCCCACCAGACCUGGCGGGGUGCUCCAGGAGGUGCCCUGCUCUCCGCGCCCUGCUGCCCACACUGGCCCUCAUUCCGCUGCCCUGGCGGUGGGGACAUGGGGGCAGUUGGGGAAGGCAUUGUUGGGUCCUUGUCUGCAGGUGGGGAGAGGACAAGAAAUUUCUGGGGGAUCAGGAAGGCUUUGCCCAUCCGUGCCAUGUGAUGAGUUGCCGGGUCUCUGCAGGCGCAGCCUUGGGGCCUGGCCAGGUUGUUUGGGGCCAGUCUGGGGUGGACUUA